CAGGGCAUAUUGCCAGGUCGCAUGGAUAUUCAACAUGGCGGACAGAAUAACUCAGUUGCAAGAUGCAUUGAACCAGCUUGCAGAUCAAUUUUGUAACAGUGUGGGUAUAUUACAACAGACAGCUCAACCUGGAAACGUUUUUUCUGGUUUUGAAAAAAAUGGUGACAGUGGUGAUGUGACUCAAGAAGGACAUGCUGCUUUGUUUGCCACUCUUAUUGCAAGAACUGCCAAAGACAUUGAUUUCCUAAUUGAGUCUCUUCCAAGUGAGGAGUGUUCACCAGAGCUUCAAGCAGCAAGCUUGCACAAGUUGGAAGCUGAAAGUAGUGCAGCUGGCAGAAAACUGGAAGAGGCUGUCGCUAGAGGAGGUAAGAAGCCUUUCCUGUCCAUUAGAGGGCCUUUCCAUUAG